CAUGUUUUAGCAGGAGCUGGUCAUGCAUUUUCAAUGGUCCUCUAUUGUUAGAUACAGCAACAAUUCCGGAUAAAGACAAAGUUGAAACACAGCUACAAAUCCCUCAAAGUGAUCAGGAGUAAAUUUUUCUAAAAGCCCUAGCUCUUUACAAAUUUUCGCAGCAUAUGGCGGCUACAUCUCUGCCUCACGUACACGGUGUCUGGUAAGACCCUCUAAUCCUUGCCAUAUUAACAAGAAGAAGAAAAAAACGAAAAUGACGCAAAAAAGAAACUCACCUCUUUAGCAGCAGGUAUUUUCUCGGUCCUAGUUAGGAGGCGUUUUUUAUCGUCUACCUAAACCUGUUCCUCGUCGCUACGCUGUUUGUCACUCCUCUCUGCCGUCAAUAUGAUAUCCUCCUCCCCUUUCAGAGUCAUACGACUUUUAUUAAGGCUUCCGUGUGAGAACACAGUGAGUAAAGGCUAGCUAUCAUCUUGUUGGCGGAAACUGGAAACUAAGUUGGUAAAAUAUAUCGUUUCCACUUGUUUUAGUAUUAGCUAUGUUAACUGUCACAUACGAGGACUUGCGCCAUGGAAAUUUAAAAAAAAACAUUUUAGUGCAUGCAGCAACAGCAGAGAGGACCACCAGAGGGAGCCAAUACCUUGACGGGGCGACCGCGGACACAUGUCACUAUGAUGCACGGCUACAAAUACCCUCCACGCUGCUCAACAGCUCAGAAGACACAGAGCUGCAACCAUCAUCAGCUUUGAGGACGAAACUCCACAGAGAAAACAGAAGAUUUAAGAUGCUUUGCUCCAGGUGUGUGCUGCCUUUCCUGGCUCUUUACAUAUUGCCAGAGGUGACGCCUGCUGCUGUAUUACCAAGCAGAUUCAAAAACAAAAGGGAAGUCAACUGGCUGGACCAAGAGCUCUUCCCCCGCCUGCCUGAGCGCUCAGAGCCGGGAGACCUCUCUGUGGGUGACGCUGGGGAGAUGGACAGGGAUGUGAACGGCCGCCCCCCUCAUUCAGAGACUUUCCUCGCCCCAACAGAGCACCUUUCUCUCCAACGCCAGAACCAGAACCAGUACCACCGUAAAGCCAAUGAAAAGAGGAGGAAGGUCGCUCCUCUGGACUCCAUCGGCAGCUUUCAAAUGUCCAGUUUCCGAAACCGAAAGGAUGAACCGGACAUCAACUGGGAAGAAUACAAGGAUUAAAGAGCAACUCCAACAAUUAAGCUCCUCAUAUUUUUUGUCAGUGACAAUCCAUGUGUGAACUUUGUACGAUAUAUUCCAUGAUAUUUAUUCCUUAUUAUUUAACUCUCUGCCAUACUAACAAGUGAGAUUCCUGUACACCCACUCCCUCUAGUGGUAGAAGACGCAAACAUGACAAACACUGCUGUGUGCAAACCAGUUUUAUAUACAGUCUAUGGUGCAAACAA